AUGGUGUCUCCAAAAACAUCUGGUUCAAAAAAUCGUAAAGAAAUUUUAUCAAGAUUGGGUAUAAAUUUCAAAUCAAUUACAAGCGGAUUUGCUGAAGAUUUGGAUAAAUCUAGUUUUGAAAAACCAUCAGAUUAUGUGAUUGCUAAUGCUAAAAAGAAAUGUUUAAAUGUAUACGAUCGUUUAUUGGUAAUAAUAAUUAAAGAAUCGCAGAAAGUAGAUAUAAUAAUAUCAGCUGAUACAGUUGGUUACAUUGACGGUGAAAUAUUGGAGAAACCAAGAGAUCGUGAAGAUGCAUUAAGAAUCUUAAAGAAACUCAAUGACAGAACACACAAGAUUUACACUGGUGUAUCCAUUCUUAUUUCAUCACCGUCACCAUCUGCUGGGUUAUCGAUAAAUGAUCAAACAAAUUAUCAAAUUCAUGAAUUUUAUGAAGUUACAGAGGUUACAUUUAGGAAUUGUGAUGAUGAAGGUUAUUUGAAUUAUAUUGAUACGGGUGAACCUAUGGACAAAGCAGGUGCAUACGCUUAUCAAUUUUUAGGUGCAUUUUUUGUUGAGAAAAUAAACGGUACUUUAAGCAAAUUGAUUGAGGGGACCGACUUAUCAAAGUUUACCUUAAGCAUAGAAAUGCCUGACGACGUUCCUUCUUCUAAACGCCAACGCGUCUCAAAAGCUUGUGACUCAUGUCGUCGCAAGAAAGUCAAGUGCGAUGGAAUUCAAUCAGUUUGCGGCAAUUGCAAAGCCUUUAAUCUGGAAUGUACAUACAAUGAUACAACAAAAAAAAGAGGGCCACCAAAAGGUUACAUAGAAGCAAUUGAAACUAGAUUACAUAAAAUGGAAUCAUUGUUAGGCGGUUUAGUUCACAGUAAUGAUCCUAGAGCUGAAGCAGCAUUGGCUGAGUUAAUGCAAGACGAUUUGCAUUCAACUUCAUCUAAUAGAAGUAAUAAUAGUGGUGAUUUGAUUGACGAUUUAAACGAGGUCAUGGGAAUUCUUAGUAUAGAUGAGAAUAAUCAAAUUAGAUAUCAUGGAAGGAGUAGUGGUUUUUAUUUAUUAAAAAAGGGAAAUAGAUACAAGGAUGGAAUUUUAUCCAUUACCAGUAACAAUUGGAAACACCCUGGUCAAGUUAUUGCAUCGACAAAUAAUUUUGAUUUAUUAAAGAGACCUGAAUUAACCGAACUACCAUCUCAAGAAUUAUCCGAUCAUCUGCUCGAACUUUAUUUCAACAAUGUACAUCCUUUGAUGGCCGUUAUCUAUAAACCAAGGUUUUUUGAUCAACUGAAACAAAAAGAGCAUCCACCGCUCCUACUAUUAAAUGCCAUAUACGCCUACGCUUCACAAUUUUCGGAUAGAAUUGAAGUUAGAAGUGAUCCUAAUAAUCAUCAUACUGCUGGUGAUUUUUUUUUUGAACGUGCAAAAGCAUUACUUGACAAUGAUUAUGAUAAUGCUCGAAUGACCACAAUUCAAGCAUUGGUAUUGUUAUCAUUAAGAGAAUAUGGCACAGGUAGAGUUACAAGAGCUUGGUUAUAUAGUGGUAUGGCGUGUCGUAUGUCACAAGAAUUAGGUAUACAUAGAAAUAAUGAAAAAUGGCAUCCAAUUGAUUUAAAAAGAGAAGAAAAAGAAGAGCAAAGACGUGUCUUUUGGGCUUGCUUUGUUCUUGAUCGCACAGCAAGUGCACACUUAGGAAGACCACUUGCAAUUGAUGAAAAGGAUGUAGAUGCAGCGUACCCUUCAGAAGAUGAAGAUGAUGAAAGUGAAUAUCUUCCAUUUAAAAUGGAGCAUGUUACAGUUUCAUCAACUUCAUCCCCAGUUUCGUCAAGUAGCAGUGCAUUAGGAUCACCAAUAAUAAAUGGUCCGCUAGAACCUAGAAUAAAGGCGCACACAGCCUCACGUUUUAUUUAUUUAAUCAAAUUAUGUGAAAUAUUAGGUCGUGUUAUGCAAAAUGUUUACGCCAUCAGGUGUAACCCUGUAUCAAUGACUUCCGACACAGUUCUUUCCAUAUUAAAUUCAUCACUCAAUUCAUGGUAUUUAGCAUUACCAGAGCAUUUACAAUACACUCCAAAUUCAGAUCAAGCAAAACACCCAUCUACUCUUUGUUUACACAUUCUAUAUUACUCGGCAUUAAUGUUUCUUCACCGUCCAUAUGCCUCUUUACACAAUUCAUCACAUGAAGUGUGCACUAAAGCUGCAACAGCAAUCACAGAAAUAGCCGUCGAUUUGUUAAAUAACAAUCAGUUAAAUCAAGCAGUAAAUGCUAUCGUAUAUUGUAUUUUUACUGCUGGUGUUAUCCACACAUAUAACGCUACCCAAGAAGAUUCAAAUAUUUCACGAUUUUCAAAAAUUCAACUUGCCCAUUCUUUGAAAUUAUUAGAAGAAUUCAAGAAAAGAUGGCAGACGGCUUUUAAAUAUUAUGAACUAUUAUUGGAUUUGGUGGAUUUAAAAGAGAUUCAAUUAGACCCAGAAUUGACUCGUGGUAAUUCGUCAUCAGAAAAUCAACAAAAACCUGUUGGAUUCACGGAUCGUGCAUGGCAAUCUCGUUAUCGUACAUUGUACAAUCAAUCUAAUUUAUCUAACGAAACAGAAUCGGCACAAAUGUUUAAUAAUCCAUUUUCAUUCAAAUAUAUUACUUCUAACACAACAAAUCCACGAGAUCAAAAACCUAUCGGAGUGACCGAUCCAUAUGGAGCACCGGGAAUGGUUUCUUCCUCUACAAAUAACACUGUUGCCACUACCACACCUAACGAUUUUCAAGCGUCAUUAAAUACUAAUACAUCAACACCAAAUCUUUGGGGACUUCCACACAAUGCAGAUUUAAAUGAAUGGUCCUCAUAUUUUGGUUCACAAGAAUCCCAACAUGGAAGUGGCGUCACAUACACACCUACUCUGCCAUCUCAACAGACACCAUUACAAAUUCAACAACAAGGAGGGGGAAGAGGAAGAAUUUCUAAUUUACCAUUACAACCGCAAAGACAAAUCUUAUUACACAAUGAUGGAAGCGAUGUUAAUAUGUAUGCAAAUACUCAACCAUUAAUCUCAAAUGCUAUGGGUGCAAAUAACAUCAAUAAUCAUAGAGGAGGACGUGAUAAUAAUUCGAAUGGAUUAGGUGGUGGCGGUAGGGGUAGGGGUGGUACUAUUAAUAACAAUAACCAUGGAGGCGGAAACGGUUUUGGUUCUAGUAAGAAGUGA